AUGAAGAUCACUGGGGGUCUCCUUCUGCUCUGCACAGUGACCUAUUUCUGCAGCAGCUCAGGGCAUUCUGUUCUGUCUAACCAGGAGGUGGAUUGCAGCAUUUACAAGAAGUACCCAGUGGUGGCCAUCCCCUGCCCCAUCACAAACAUGCCAGUUUGUGGUUCUGACUACAUCACAUAUGGAAAUAAAUGUCACUUGUGUAUCGAGACCUUGAAAAGUAAUGGAAAAGUCCAAUUUCUUCACGAAGGACACUGCUGA